UGAGGUGGCAUACAUUAUCUUCUCCAAAGAAAAUCUUGACACAUUUCCUCUUACGUCAGUGCCAGGGUCAAAUCGCUUUCCAGGAGCUUGAUGUUACAUAAUAUACAGAAAUAAUAUGGUUAGGCAUUCAUCAGAAGAUAUCAUGUGUCGGCCUAGACCUUGCUCAGUGAUGUAUCCUCUGAGCAAAUACUGCAGCCAAUCAGAAGACAGAUCUCCCAAGGGUAAUCUAAGUAUAGGGAGGGCAUAGUAUCCCCUUGUGACCCAACCAGGCAAUGAAGGGCUCAAAGGAGCAAUGGCCUCCAAGCAGUCACAUCUUGCAGAAGACCUGACCUGCCCCAUCUGUGGAAAUAUCCUACAAAAGCCGGUAGUGCUGUUUUGCAGACAUCGCUUCUGUAAACUCUGUCUGGAGAGCCUGUGGAAUGGUGGAGGAUCUUGCGAAUGCCCCCUUUGUUGUCAGCCAUCAUCUUUGGGGGAGCUCAUAGUCAACACCACGCUUGAAAAGACCUGCGAGGGUUUUCUAGAGCGCUGCAAAAAUGACCCUCUUGCGUGCAAGGAGCAUGGUGAGACCUUGACCAUCUUUUGUUUGGAGGAUCUGGAACCCACUUGUAGCAAAUGCAAAUCAUCUGCCAACCACAAGGGUCACAGGUUAUAUCCAAUAAAUGAAGCUUCACAUGACUGCAAGGAGGAACUCAAAAAUGCUUUGAAACCACUUCAGCAAAAACUGAAGCUCUUCCAAAAAGCAAAACUCACUUGUGAGCAAACAAUAGACCAUGUUAAGAGUCAGGCAGAGAACACAGAGAGGCAGAUACGAGAGGAGUUUGAGGCACUGCACCAGUUCCUGCGAGACGAGGAGGCAUCCAGGCUUUCCAUGCUAAAGCAGGAGGAGGAUCAGAAAAGGCAGAUGAUGAACGAUAAGAUUGAAGAUUUGGAGAAUGACAUCACUUCACUUAGCAACACUAUAAGAACUGUUGAACAGGAGAUGAGAUCUCAGGAUAUCCCAUUCCUCAAGAACUAUAAAGACACCAUAAAGAGAACCUGGCGUAUUCCCCAGGAUCCAGAGAUGAUAACAGGUUCACUGCUUGAUGUAGCCAAACAUCUAGGCUCAUUAAAGUUUAAAGUCUGGGAAAGAAUGAUGGAAAUCCUUCAAUAUACUCCAGUGACUCUUGAUCCAAACACUGCGGCAAGCUGCUUCCUCCUGUCAGAGGAUCUGACUACAAUACAGUGCUGCUCUCAGACCUUUAAACUCCCAGAAAACCCUGAGCGCUUCGAUAUAGGUGCAGAGGUGCUGGGCUAUGAGGGCUUCAGCUCUGGGCGACACAGCUGGGAGGUGGAGGUCAAAAACAACACCUACUGGGUCAUUGGAGUUGCAAGCGCAUCCAUCAGCCGGAAGGGAAAGCACGUAUUGACCCCUGCUGAGGGAUUCUGGACCAUUAGGCUACGAAACGGAGAGUAUAAAGCCUGCACUGCCCCAUGGUCCCCGCUCACUAUGACUAAGGAGCCGCAGGUGGUGAGAGUCGUAUUGGACAUGAACAGGUCCAGGGUGACUUUCUACGACCCACGAGAGAGAACACCUCUGUUCACCUACACGGACAUCAUCACUUCGAGAGCAUUCCCAUACUUCUGCAGCGCCUGUAAGGAGCACCCACUGAAAGUGUUGCCAGCAUGGAUCUCUAUUAAGACAGACUGAUGUGAAGAACGUGCCUCUCAGCAUUUCUUUCCUCAAGUCUCACUUCAUAUGUUAAGCUCACACUGUGCGAAUUUGGCCACGAUAUGGUCGUCUGAGACAAAUUUUAAAAUUCCUAAAAAAUUCCUAUAAUCCUAGGCUAAAAUCUGAAGUCUUUGAUUGCUGGUUUUACAUGUUCACCGACAGCGGAUUAAUGGCUGUUGUGAUUUAAUUUGACCUUGUUUAUGAAAUUCUGGCAGUGUCAGAAGAUUUGGCACACAGUCCUGCAGUGUGACUUCUCCUACGAUGAACAUCUUUCAAGACAAGCAAUAAUCAUAAUUAAUGCUAGAGAUUUCUUAUAGCUGCAUAAACUCUGGCGCUCCCAUCCUCCGCUCACAGAAUUCAUACGAUAUGUUGCCUUUGCUAUGAUAAACACCGGUUUGCUGCUGUUUUCAUUUGGGUGUGUAGUGCUGCUUACACUAUUCUUCUUAAAGGGAUAGUUCACCCAAAAAUGAAAAUUCUGUCAUCAAUUACUCAACCUCACCUGUAAGACCUUUGUUCAUCUUCAGAACACAAAUUAAGAUAUAGUGCCAUCUAAAUCUCCUUGCUGUCUGUGGGAGGGUCAGAAAACUCUCUCAAUGCAUCAAAAAUAUCUUAAUUUGUGUUCCGAAGAGGUCUGACAGAUUUGGAAUGACAUGAGGGUGAGUAAUUAAUGACAGAAUUUUUGUUUUUGGGCUAACUAUCCCUUUAAAUACGCCACUAUUGCUGCCAUUCAUAUAUUUUUCAUGAUAGCCAACAUUUCAACAUUCAACAAUGCAGAGCGCGUUCUUGCACGCAUUCGUUUUUAAUGCUUCUUGUCUGUCGUACAGUCUGACAUUAAUGAUAACUGAGAUCCCACAGUGACAUGAUCAUCAUGUUCGUACAAUCUGACAAGUAACAAUCGUAAAGUGUAUUAAAAUCGCACAGUGUGCACCCGGCUUUAUACAUGGUGCAUGUGGGUGACUUAAGAAAUAAGAAAUAACCUUUAGUUUCACUUGUUUUGGAUUUUAAAAAUCCUGAUAGUGAUAGAUGAUAUAGUAGGUGAAAAAAAGUAUGUGAAACGAGUAGUAUGUAUGAAUGAACUAUACACAAGUGCCCAUGUGACCUGCUACUUCCGGCGUGAUUCUGAAGUGUGCAUCCAAUGGAGACUUUUCAAUGCCAUGAGG